AUGCGUCCCUCAAAUUCCCAGCUGGAGGAUGUACACGAAGACCCUUUCGCGGAACUUUCGCUCGAUCCACUAGCAGAUGUCUCGCCCGCCGACGCUGACGUGGCGGUUCCGAAAGGAGCAGCGCCGCGUCCAGCAGGAAGGCGGACGCUGUGCGAUCGCUGUCAGCGGCCGUCGCGCGCGUGUCUGUGCCCUAGUUUACCGCCGAGUAUAUUAAAGACACGGACAAGAGUGAUAGUGCUACAGCACCCACACGAGGCCAAGAAGCGGCUCGCGACUGCUCCGAUCCUCGCGCUCACUCUAGAGUCCACAUGCAUCAUAACGGGACGAAGGUUCCUCGAAGGAUCCUCCGCUGAGCUGGACCGGGUGCUGAUCCCGCGCUGUGGGAACAGACUUCAUGCCACUUGGCAGGAUGGAAGAGGGGGAGGGGAAAUGGAGGUAGGAAGGGGAGGGGAGGACAACGGACAAUGCGCAAAGGAGGAUCGAGAGAGGGGAAAUGUAUGGAAUGAUGGGAGUGAGCCUCUGAAGAGAGAAACUGCAGGGAUCGGGAGAGGAGAUGCGGAUUCGGGGCCGACAGGGGACGGUGUGUGUGAAGCGAGGAUCAGGGGAGCAUCGGGCGCAGGGGACGGUGUGUGUGAAGCGAGGAUCAGGGGAGCAUCGGGCGCAGGGGACGGUGUGUGUGAAGCGAGGAUCAGGGGAGCAUCGGGCGCAGGGGACGGUGUGUGUGAAGCGAGGAUCAGGGGAGCAUCGGGCGCAGGGGACGGUGUGUGUGAAGCGAGGAUCAGGGGAGCAUCGGGCGCAGGGGACGGUGUGUGUGAAGCGAGGAUCAGGGGAGCGUCGGGCGCAGGGGACGGCGUGUGUGAAGCGAGGAUCAGGGGAGCGUCGGGCGCAGGGGACGGUGUUUGUGAAGCGAGGAUCAGGGGAGCGUCGGGCGCAGGGGACGGUGUGUGUGUGUGUGGCCACGUGCGGCUGCUCAUGUUCCCGGGGGAGGGCGCGCUGCCAGUGGGCGACUGGUGGAGGUGGUAUCUGGCCCGGCGCCAACUGGACGCGCAGCAUCCAGGGGAGCAUGGGGUGGAGCAGCAUGGGGUGGAGCAGCAUGGGGUGGAGCAGCAUGGGGUGGAGCAGCAUGGGGUGGAGCAGCAUGGGGUGGAGCAGCAUGGGGUGGAGCAGCAUGGGGUGGAGCAGCAUGGGGUGGAGCAGCAUGGGGUGGAGCAGCAUGGGGUGGAGCAGCAUGGGGUGGAGCAGCAUGGGGUGGAGCAGCAUGGGGUGGAGCAGCAUGGGGUGGAGCAGCAUGGGGUGGAGCAGCAUGGGGUGGAGCAGCAUGGGGUGGAGCAGCAUGGGGUGGAGCAGCAUGGGGUGGAGCAGCAUGGGGUGGAGCAGCAUGGGGUGGAGCAGCAUGGGGUGGAGCAGCAUGGGGUGGAGCAGCAUGGGGUGGAGCAGCAUGGGGUGGAGCAGCAUGGGGUGGAGCAGCAUGGGGUGGAGCAGCAUGGGGUGGAGCAGCAUGGGGUGGAGCAGCAUGGGGUGGAGCAGCAUGGGGUGGAGCAGCAUGGGGUGGAGCAGCAUGGGGUGGAGCAGCAUGGGGUGGAGCAGCAUGGGGUGGAGCAGCAUGGGGUGGAGCAGCAUGGGGUGGAGCAGCAUGGGGUGGAGCAGCAUGGGGUGGAGCAGCAUGGGGUGGAGCAGCAUGGGGUGGAGCAGCAUGGGGUGGAGCAGCAUGGGGUGGAGCAGCAUGGGGUGGAGCAGCAUGGGGUGGAGCAGCAUGGGGUGGAGCAGCAUGGGGUGGAGCAGCAUGGGGUGGAGCAGCAUGGGGUGGAGCAGCAUGGGGUGGAGCAGCAUGGGGUGGAGCAGCAUGGGGUGGAGCAGCAUGGGGUGGAGCAGCAUGGGGUGGAGCAGCAUGGGGUGGAGCAGCAUGGGGUGGAGCAGCAUGGGGUGGAGCAGCAUGGGGUGGAGCAGCAUGGGGUGGAGCAGCAUGGGGUGGAGCAGCAUGGGGUGGAGCAGCAUGGGGUGGAGCAGCAUGGGGUGGAGCAGCAUGGGGUGGAGCAGCAUGGGGUGGAGCAGCAUGGGGUGGAGCAGCAUGGGGUGGAGCAGCAUGGGGUGGAGCAGCAUGGGGUAGAGCAGCAUGGGGUGGAGCAGCAUGGGGUGGAGCAGCAUGGGGUGGAGCAGCAUGGGGUGGAGCAGCAUGGGGUGGAGCAGCAUGGGGUGGAGCAGCAUGGGGUGGAGCAGCAUGGGGUGGAGCAGCAUGGGGUGGAGCAGCAUGGGGUGGAGCAGCAUGGGGAGGAGAGAGGGUGCAGGGAGAGGCGGGGGGAAUGCGGGGAGGAAAAGGGUUGUGGAGAGUUGGGCGGGGAGUGUGGGGAGGAGGAUAAGGGGCGUGGUGAGUGGGCCCGGAAGUGUAGCGCAGAGGCGCAUGGGUGUGAGGAGUGGGGAGCAGAGUGUGGGGAGGGGUAUGCUGUAACCCUGGUGGUGAUCGAUGGUACAUGGGAGCAUGCCAAGGAGAUGAUGAAGGCCAGUGGAAGCUUCCUCAGGCGCUACUGUGCUUUGGUACGUGUGAAGGGCAGUGGAGUGUGCACGGGUGUGAAGGGCAGGGAGGCGGGCAGUGCCGGGGAGAAGGGAAGAGAAAGUGGUGGCGCUGGCCUCCCCGCUGUCGCUUCCCCCCUGCCACACUGUCUCGCACGCACACCACCACAGGUGUGUCUGCCCUUUGACUGCGCAUCCCCAGGCCCGCCGCCCGGGCACCAGGGUCUUGUGGUGCGCAAGGAGCUGCGCUCCCAUGCAUGCCACCUGUCCCUCAAUUCUGCCUGUCUCAAUGCACCACCCCGCUGUCGCUUCCGCCCUGCCGCACUGUCUUGCACGCACACACCGCCACAGGUGUGUCUACCCUUUGACCGUGCAUCCCCAGGCCCGCCGCCCGGCCACCAGGGUCUUGUGGUGCGCAAGGAGCCGCACAAAGGGGCCGUGAGCACAGCGGAAGCAGUCGCACGGGCCUUGGAUGUUCUUGAAAGGGAUGUGCUUGAAUGGGAUGGGGAUGGGGAGAGUGUGGAGCGGAAAAGAAAGGGUUUGGAAGUACACAUGGUGCCAACGAUGUGUGAGGGAAGCAGUGAAACGAGGUGGAAAAACGGCGAGAAGUCGGCGUCUUGGUGGUUGCUCUCUGCGCUUCACCAUAUGGUAUCCAUACAGUUACGACUAACGAUGGCUUACGGUAAGUAG